AUGAAGGUCGAUAUUCACAACCAUAUUUUACCAAGAGAAUGGCCAAAUUUAAAAGAACGAUACGGAUAUGGCGGUUUCAUCCAGCUCAAGCACCGAGAAGACGGCCGGGCAGAUAUGAUGAAGGACGAAACUUUCUUCCGGACAAUCGAGCCGAAUUGCUGGGACCCAAAAGCGCGUCUAGCAGACAUGGACCGAACUGGAGUGACUGUUCAAGUUUUGAGCACUGUUCCCGUCAUGUUUUCUUACUGGGCCAAAGCUGCUGACUGCGCGGACUUGUGCAAAAUUAUUAAUGACGAUUUGGACUCGACGGUCAAGCACGAUGCAAAAAAAGAAACGGGGAUUGUUGGUUUUGAGAUCGGAACGACCAUCAAUGACAGAAACUUGGACGACCCAUAUUAUGAUCCUUUGUGGGCAGCUGCUGUGGAGCUGGAUUUCUCUUUCUUCAUUCAUCCUUGGGAUUUUCAGCGAGGAGGGUGCCUGGAAGCCUACUGGUCUCCCUGGCUGACUGGAAUGCCUCAGAGAACUGCUCAUGCUGCUUUGUGCCUCAUUCUUGGAGGCGUCUUGGACAGAUUUCCUUCGGCGAGAUUUUGUCUUGCUCAUGGCGGUGGGGCGUUUCCAUUCACAAUAGGAAGAUUUCAGCACGGGCACUUUUGUCGACCUGAUUUGUGCGCUACCAAUUGCGAAAAGACUCCAAAAGAGUAUCUCGGCAAAAUUUGGACGGAUUCACUUGUUCAUGACGAUCGUGCUCUAGAAUUUCUCGUCGACAUCAUUGGCAAAAAUCGAGUCUUGCUUGGAAGCGACUAUCCUUUUCCGCUUGGAGAAAUUGAUAGAGAGGGAAAAGUUGUCGAAGAUGCAAAGUUUUUGACUGCAGAAGAAAAGGAAAAUAUUCUUGCGAACAAUGUUUUUGAAUUUCUUGGUGUAGAAAGGGAGCGCUUUGAAUGA